AUGGACUGGCACAUCGUCAGAAUAGCUGCAGCACUGCUCCUUUUUCUGGUGGUGUUGGAGGUUAACAGUGAAUUUCGAGUCCAGGUAAGAGAUUAUAACACUAAAAAUGGCACUGUCAAGUGGUAUUCAAUCAGAAGGCAAAAACGUGAAUGGAUCAAGUUCGCUGCAGCCUGUCGUGAAGGUGAAGACAACUCAAAGAGGAACCCAAUUGCCAAAAUUCACUCAGAUUGCGCCGCAAACCAGCAAGUUACCUACCGCAUCUCUGGAGUAGGAAUUGAUCAACCACCCUUUGGAAUCUUUGUUAUUAAUCAAAAAACUGGUGAAAUUAAUAUAACAUCCAUAGUUGAUCGAGAAGUCACCCCUUAUUUCAUUAUCUAUUGCCAGGCUCUGAAUUCAUUGGGUCAGGAUUUAGAGAGACCUCUUGAGCUCAGAGUCAGGGUUCUGGAUAUAAAUGACAAUCCUCCAGUAUUUUCUAUGGCAACAUUUUUUGGACAAAUAGAAGAAAAUAGUAAUGCAAAUACACUGGUGAUGAAACUCAAUGCUACUGAUGCAGAUGAACCAAAUAAUUUGAACUCAAAAAUAGCCUUCAAGAUCAUGAGACAGGAACCUUCUGAUACACCAAUGUUUAUUAUCAACAGAUAUACUGGAGAAGUUCGAACAAUGAAUAAUUUUCUUGACAGAGAGGCAUACGCCCAGUAUGGACUUGCUGUGCGAGGAUCAGACAGAGAUGGCGGGGCAGAUGGAUUGUCAGCGGAGUGCGAAUGCAGCAUUAAAAUACUCGAUGUCAACGAUAACAUCCCCUACAUGGAACUUCCUUCAAAUAACGUAAAUAUCGAAGAAAAUGCUCUAUAUUCAGAAUUACUCCAAAUUAGAGUAAUUGACUUGGAUGAGGAAUUCUCAGAUAACUGGAUAGCAGAAAUUUUCUUUAUGUCUGGAAAUGAAGGAGGAUGGUUUGAGAUAGAAAUGGAUGAAAGAACAAAUGUGGGAAUUUUAAAGGUUGUUAAGCCCCUAGAUUUUGAAGCUAUGAAGACUAUGCAGCUUGGUCUUGGUGUUAGAAACAAAGCUGAAUUUCAUUCUUCAAUUAGGUCUCAAUAUAAAGCCACAGCAACUGCACUCACAGUGACAGUGUUAAAUGUAGUUGAAGGCCCAGUGUUCCGUCCAGGUUCAAAGACAUAUGUUGUAAAUGGUAAUAUGGGACAAAAUUCUAAAGUGGGAGAAUUUGUAGCUACUGACCUGGACACAGGUCUAACUUCAACAACUGCCAGAUAUGUAAUGGGAACUAAUCCAACUGAUCUGCUAGCUAUUGACUCAAGAACAGGUGUAAUUACUUUGAGAAAUACAGUUACCAAGGAACGAUAUGACAUGCUUAAUGGACAAUACAGAGGAACAAUUCUAUCUAUAGAUGAUGCUCUUCAAAAAACUUGCACUGGUACAAUUAUUAUCGAUCUUGAUGGCUGGGAAGUAGAGGUUGUUACAAGCACUGGUGGUGUGACUGGUACAGAUAGAGAAGGUGUAAGUGGUACCACUUCUGGAGAACAUCGAGGGGAUACUGCCACUAGUUUCGAUGAAUCUGUUGUGACUACAAGACAUCCUGUGGUUGGGCCUUAUGAUGGCCGGAUUCCCUCUGAUAAUGUACAUUUUGGUCCUGCUGGCAUUGGACUUCUCAUCAUGGGAUUCUUGGUCUUGGGCUUGGUCCCGUUUUUGUUGAUCUGCUGUGACUGUAGCAGUGCCCCUGGUGUUGGAGCUGGCUUUGAGCCUGUUCCAGAAUGUUCAGAUGGAGCAAUUCAAUCCUGGGCAGUGGAAGGACCCCAGCCUGAAAUCAGGGACAUAAACACUAUCUGUGUGCCAUCAGUACCAACCAAUAAUGCAAAUAUCAUUGAAUGCAUUGACACCUCAGGAGUUUAUACAAAUGAGUAUGGUGUCAGAGAAAUGCAAGAUUUGGGAGGAGGAGAAAGAACAUCACGAUUUGAACUAACCAAUGGAGUUAAAAUGUCUGGAGCACCUGAGAUAUGUCAAGAAUAUCCUGGAACGUUAAGAAGAAAUUCUAUGAGGGAAUGCAGAGAAGGGGGUCUGAAUAUGAAUUUCAUGGAAAGUUACUUCUGUCAGAAAGCAUAUGCUUAUGCAGAUGAAGAUGAAGGCCGCCCAUCCAAUGACUGUUUGCUCAUAUAUGAUAUUGAAGGUGUAGGUUCCCCCGCUGGCUCUGUGGGUUGUUGUAGCUUCAUCGGAGAAGACUUGGAUGACAGCUUCUUGGAUUCACUGGGGCCUAAAUUUAAGAAGUUGGCAGAUAUCAGCCUGGGAAAAGAAGUGGAACCAUACCCAGACUUUGAUCUCUCAUGGCCACCUGAGACCACUGAACCCGUUUGCCCUCCGCAGGGAACAGGGCCCGUUGCUAGUGGACACCCUCCAAUCUCCCCACAUUUCGGCACUACCACAGUAAUUUCUGAGAGCACUUACCCCUCGGGACCUGGCAUACAGCAUCCUAUGCCUAUCCCUGAUCCUCUGGGUUAUGGUGAGGCCACUGUGAUGGAAUCUUACACCACCUCUGGCACUCUAAAGCCCGCUGUCCAUGUUCGUGAUAACCGACAUGCAUCAAAUGUGGUCGUGACAGAGAGGGUGGUCGGCCCCAUCUCUGGCGCUGAUUUGCAUGGAAUAUUAGAUAUGCCUGACUUGAGAGAAGGGUCAAAUGUAGUAGUGACAGAACGGGUCAUAGCACCAAGUUCAAGUCUACCCACCUCUUUGACCAUCCCCGAUCCUAGAGAGUCAAAUGUGGUAGUGACGGAAAGAGUAAUCCGACCAACUCCUGGCACAAUGGGCACUCUGAGUAUGCACCCUGAUUUAUCCAGUGCCCACAAUGUGAUUGUGACAGAGAGGGUUGUUUCUGGGUCUGGCAUAACUGGCAUUAGCGGCACAGCUGGGAUGAGCGGGGGCAGUGGCAUAGGCAGUGGUGGCCUGGUUAGCACCAGCAUCAGUGGUGCGGGCGGGGGGCUGAGUGGAGCUGGAGUGAGUGGUGGUGGCAUCGGGCUGAGCAGCCUGAGUGGCGGCAUGGGGGGGACAGCCACCAUCGGCCACGUGAGGAGCUCUGCUGACCAUCACUUUAGUCAGACCCUGGGUUCUGCCUCCCCUAGCACAACUCGAAGUCGGAUCACAAAAUACAGCACAGUGCAAUAUACCAAGUAGUCAGGGUCCCAAGCACACCUUUUCACAAUCAGUUGUGAUUCAGAUUUAAUUCCCACCUGAAAAAAAUGAACGAUGUUAUUUAUGAUACACAAGUAGGUGCUAAGAUAAUUGUGGAACAAGGUGAGAAACCACAAUGAGAAAAAUAAAUGGAAGCACUGCCGUGGGAGGAGAGCCCUCCUUGGCAUUUGCAAACUUUUUUUCCUAUAUUAGUACCAAUGCAAUGAAGACAGUGAACCAAACCUUGAGUCAGGAUCGUCUUUGGGCCUGUGUGGCCAGUAGGGUCUUUUUUGCAACUGUGU